CUAUCCAUUCAGCGGCGGCAUCCGGCCGGAGCGGGUUCUGAUUAGUCGGGACCAAUUCAAAGGACGGCGGUUUGAACCGUUUGUGUUCAAAAAAGUGGCUGUGUCGAUUUUGCGAUGGCGUCUGGUCGCAACAGUUGGAAUUACGACGCCCCAAGGCACUUCAAUUUCGGCAACCCGCAGGAAGACGACGACCCCACGGCUGACUACUGGUUCGAUAAACAAAUUGAACAAAACAAAGCUACAGCAAUUACCAUGCCUGAAUCAGUACCAAUUAUACAAAAUUCAAAUUCCGGAGUGGAUCAAGUGGAGCAAAAUGGAGUAGGAACUAGCCCCGUGCUACACAGCCAAGACUCGAAAAUGUGUGAAGAUUCUUCUGAAACAGAACCACAAUUGCAAGAGGUUUCUUCUACAAAAGAGGCAACCAGUAAGCCACCAAAUAACUUGGCAGUGUCCCUGGAAGAAUGGAAAGCCAAAGUAAACAAGACCACCGUGCCACCAAGAAGAUCGACACGCAGACCAUCUGAACAAUUGAGAAAACAGUUGGGCAGCAUAAGAGCCUCAAGGCGCUCUCAAGAUGUAAAUAUGACAGAACCUCCAGUUAACAAAAAAGCUCGCAUGGAUCCAAGUGGAAAUUGCUCCAAGAGCAGAGCUGGUAGUCUAAAUCAGGAUAAGAGCAAAUUGACAAUGCCUGGUACUCCUACAGUUCUCAGGAGGCAGCAACAUAUGGGUUCAAAGGGAAAAAGCACAGAAGAUUUGGAGAUGGAAAAAAUUGCUCAGUUUCAGAAGGAAGUGGCAGAGCAGAGGAAAUUAAAUGAAGAAUCGCUAAAGCUUGCCAUCUCUGGUGCAGGUCAGACUAAGAAAAAGAUGCAGAUUCCGGUCACAAGGCCAGUGGAUAUAAAGUUCCACACAGACAAGCGCAUAAAAGCGCAUGAAGGAGAAGCAUACAAGGAAGUGAACUUCACCAAUGACUUGCGCAAAUAUCAGCAGUCUUCUACGCGUGAGCACAAAGGUGUCACAAUGUCGAAGCCUUUCAAACUCUCUGGCAGCAAACGGAAGCAUGUGGAAACAAAUAGUCAAGCAUACGUUUCUCUGGCGGAGCAGGUAGAAGCUUUCCAAUGUCGGACGCCAUCACGGUAUCACCUUAGGAGCACCCAUUGUGUGGAUAAAGGUCCUUCUGGGGUGUCUGCAAAAGUGAAACUGACUAAACCUCACACUCCUUUAUUGACGACUAAGAGCCGAGCUCGACCAGCCACAUGUAAGAGUGCAGCUGAAAUAGAAGCUGAAGAGCUAGAGAAAAUACAAUCGUACAAGUUCAAAGCCCAGGAAGUAAAGCCCAGAAUCCUAGAAGGUGGUCCAGUCCUACCAAAGAAGCCACAUGUUAAAGAACCAACAAAACCUAUUGGCUUUGAUUUGGAGAUAGAGAAGCGCAUCCGGGAAAGAGAGGAAAACAGAAAGCAUGAAGAGGUGGAGGACUACACCUUCCACUCACGGCCCUGCCCUUCCAAGAUACUAGAUGACGUAGUGGGAGUCCCAGAGAAGAAAAUUCUACCCAUAACAAUGCCCAAAUCUCCAGCUUUUACUCUGAAGAACUGUGUGAGAAUGCCCUUCAAGGAGGAAGAGAAGAAAGAAACACGUGUGAUUAAAGCAAAUCCCGUGCCGCACUACGCUGUCCCGUUCAAGCCAAAAUCCACUGGAGAAACUGUUACAGCAGUUCAGCCUUUCUCAUUUGAGACCCGGGACAAAGAAAGAGAAGCAUUAAAACAGAAGAAAAUAGAGGAAAUGCGCAAGAAGGAGGCUGAGGUCCCUGUAUUUAAAGCACAGUUGCUUCCUGACUUUGAAUCUGCCCAGCUACCUGAGAAGGUGGUGAAGCCUGUGACCAAAGUAGAACCAUUUCAUUUACGACUAGAUGAACGUGGUGCUUACAAAGAACAAGAAUGGGCAGAGAUGAUGAAGGAAGAACUGAAAAAGCAAAAAGAAGCAGCAUGUUUUAAAGCCAGACCCAACUCUGUUGUUUACCGUGAGCCAUUUCUGCCAAAGAAGGCAGACCAAUCAUUAACAGAAAGGUUUCCUUCCUUGGCUCAAGAGAAGUUUGAAUUAGCAACAGAGAAGCGUGCAAAAGAGCGCAUGGAAUUUGAAAUGCACAAAGCACAAAAAGAAGCCUUCCGAGAGAAACGUGAGCAGGAAUGUAAAAAAGAGGCUGAAGAACACGAAAGAGAUGAAAUAGCUAGACUUCGGCAAGAGCUAGUACACAAAGCAAAUCCCAUCAGGCAGUACAAAAAAAUAGAAAUCAAGCCCAGUGAUCAACCACUAACAGUUCCUCACACUCCUCAUUUUUCUGAAAGAUUUAGGCUGUAAUGUACAUUAUUGUUAACUCGGGGGGCGGGGGGGGGCGUUAAUCCACCUGUAAUAUUUCUAAUUUCACCCCAGGAUUACUAAAAUACUUAGUGCAAAGUCGUGUUGCCAAUAAAAUUUAUUUUAUUGCUUUUGGUUACUUAGUGUGUACUGUCACUUGUUCCAGUAAAACUUUCAUGUGAUACAUUUGUUUAAUUAUAUAUAAUAAAGGUAGAAAAAAAUUUCUGUAAGAGCUAUUGAUGAGUUUUGCUUUUUGUUUUCUAAGUAUACAAAACACAUGUCUGGUAUUUCUGUUUGUUUUCGAGUUAUGCAGUUAACACCUUUACAAAUAAUUUCCCAUCAGUGCCCUAUUUUGGUUAUUUCCAUGCUAAUCAGAUACUUUUUGCUGAGUAGGGAGUGAACGGCAAGACUGUCUUAUUAAUUUCAAUAUCAUAUAUUCUUGGUUUUAGCAAUUCUUGGGUUUCUGGUGAUCAGUCUGGCUGUUUUUUUUAAAACUGGGUUUCAAAUGAGGUGAAAUGAUGCCUAAUACUUGAAUUUUGAUUUAAGAUUGCUUUUUAAAUGUACUUCAGUGACUUGCCAUGACUAUUACUGAACCCCCUGGGUUGGAUUGCUUUAUCAAAGGUAUACUGUGCCUUAACAAAAAGCAAAACUUGGCAAUUGUACUUUGCGAUGCUCAAGACUGGGGAGAGUUAUCCUCUGCCGGGGAUGGGUAAAUAGGAAUAACCUGAAUCAUUUGGAGCAGUGCCAAGUAAAGGUGGUAACCAGGGAAAAGCGGGUGGGUCUCUGUCACUGAGAAGAGUGCAGUAGUGAUAGGGGAUUCCAUAGUUAGAGGAGCAGACGGGAGAUUUUGUGUACCAGUGACAGGGGUGGGAGAAGGGAUGAGGUCCUGAAGCAAGAAUAUAGGGAGUUGGGUAGAAAGCUGAAAGCAGGACCUCCAGGGUAGUAAUCUGUAUUGUUGCCUGUGCCGUGUGCUAGUGAGGGUAAGAAUAGAUUUGUCAGAUGAAUAAAUGGCUCAAGAAAUGAUAAUGGGGGCAGUGUUUCAGAUUUCUGGAUCAUUGAGAUCUCCACCGGAGAAGAUAUGACCGGUACAUAAAGGAUAGGAUGCACCUGAUCUCGAGGCAGGUUUGCUAGAGCUGUUGGGGGUGGUUUAAGCUAACUGGACAGGGGGAUGGGAACUGGAGUGAUGGGGCUAAGGAUGGGGCAGUUGGUAUAUAAGUCAAUGCAGUGUGAUGAAUACAGGACUGAGUGUUUAUAUUUGAAUGCAUGCAGCAUAAGGCAGAUGAUCUUGUAGCGCAGUUGGAGAUUGGUAUGUGUGACAUGGGCAUCACCAAUCUGUGGUUGAAAGAUCAUAGUUGGGAUCUUAACAUCCAAGGAUAUAUGUUGUAUUAAAAGGACAGUUGGGUAGGUAGAAGAGUUGGUUAACUAUUGGUUUUUUAAAAAAAAAUCAAAUCCUUAGACUUGUGGACAAAGUGCUUUUAAAAAAAAAACCUGCAAGGUUAAAAAGACCUUGAUGGGAAACUCUGAACAGUAGCCAGGAUGCUGGGUACAAAUUACAAUGGGAGAUAGAAAAGGCAUGUGAAAAGGGAAUUAAAUAUUGAAGUAGAGUAGGAAAAAUCAGGAUGGUGCUGGAUUCCAAAAAGGAAUUUGUAGAAUGCCUUGUGAGAUUGUGUGUGUGUUUGUUUGUUUGUUGUUUUUUUUUAUGCAUCUUGUGGUUGAUGCCUCUAUGGGAAAGGUAAGUCUGGUUUGGGUUUUAUGUGAUGAACUGGAAUUCAUUAGGAAGCUCAAGGUAAAGGAACCCUUGUAUUAUGAUCAUUCUUAUGAUAAUAUUCACCCUGUAGGGGGAGAAUCUAAAGUCAGAAGUAUCAGUAUUGCAGUGAAGUAAAGGGAAUUAGUAUCAUGAAAGAAAAGCUGGCCAGAGUUGAAGGGGACACUAGCAGGGAUGAUGACAGAAUAGCAAUGGCUGGAGCGUCUGGGAGUAAUUUGGAAGGCGCAGUGGGAUAGAUACAUCCCAAAGAAAUAUUCUGAGGGGGUGACUGACAAAGGAAUUCAAAGACAGCAUUAAAGCAAACAAUUAGUGGGAAGUUGGAAGAUUGGAAAGCUUUUAAAAUCCAACAGAAGGCAACUAAAAAGCCAUAAGGAGAGAAAAGGAAAAGUGAAUGUAAGCCUGCCAGUAAUAUGAGAAUACCAUGGUUUUACAGAGUAAAAGAGGCAACAGUGGAUAUUGGACUGCUGGGAAUGACACUACAGAGGUAGUAAUGGGGAACAAAGAAAUGGCAGACGGUAUGUAUUUUGUGUCAAGUCUUCAUGCCAGCAGUAUACCAGAAAUUUGAGUGUCAGGGAACAGAAGUGAGUGUAGUUGCUAUUACUAAGGACAAAGUGCUUGGGAAACAAAGGUCUUAAGGUAGAUAAGUCAGAUAGACUACACCCCAGGGUUCUGUAGCUGAGGAGAGUGUGGAGGCAUUAAGAGUCACUGGAUUCUGGCAUGGUUCCAGAGGACUAGAAAAUUACAAAUGUCACUCCACUCUUCAACAAGGGAGAGAGGUAGACUGGGAAAUUAUUGACCUCAGUGGUUGGGAAGAUGUUGAAGUCUAUUAUUAAGGGUGAGGUUUUGGAGUACUUGGAGGCACACAAUAAAAUAGCUGAAAGUCAGCACAGUUUCCUUCAGGGGAAAUCUUGCAUGACAAAUUUGUCUAUCCUGCCUGUUAUUUCCUCAAAGAAUUCUAACAAAGUGUCAGUGGAUGUUGUUUACUCUGACAAGGUGAUACAAAGAACCAUGAUAUUAUAGGAAAGAUGCUAGAAGAUUGGCUAACUGACAGGAGGUAAACUUUGGGAACAGAAAGGCCUCUUCUGCUUGGCCGCCGGUGAGUAGUGAUGUUCUGUAGGGGUCAGUGUUGGGACCACUUCUGUUUAUGUUGUACAUCAAUGAUUUUGAUGACAGAAUUAAUGGCUUUGUUUAGUUUGUGGAAGAUGUAAAGAUAGGUGAAGGGGCUGCUAGUGUUGAGGAAGCAAGGAGACUGCAGGAGGACUUAGACAGGUUGGGAGAAUGGGAAAAGAAGUGGCAGGUGGAAUAUAGUGUGUGGCCAUCUAUGGUAGGACGAAUAAAGGUGUAGACUAUUUUCUAAACGGGGAGAAAAUUCAAAAAUUGGUGGUGCAAAGGGAAGAGUACUCACGCAGGAUUCGCUAAAGGUUAACUUGCAGGGUGGGUUGGUAAAGGAGGGAAAUGCAAUGUUAGCAUUCAUUUUGAGGGGACUAGAAUAUAAAAGCAAGGAAGUAAUGCCGGGGUUUUGAGGCAGUAGACAGACCAUACUUGGAGUAUUGUGAAUAGCUUUGGGCCCCUUAUCUGAAAGACAUGCUGGUGUUGGAUGGGGUCAGAAGAGCUUCAUAAAAGGUGUAAUGUUUUGUAACUUCAAAACAUUAAAUUAAUUCAAAGAUAAACACGAGAGUCCGGGAAUUGGGUCCAGUUCGAGUUGACUUUAAGCAAGGUGUAUACGGAUCAUAUGGUGAUGUGAUGUAUGCAAUUACAGUAUUUUUGCAUAUAACCUGUAAUGAUUUAAGUGAACAAGAAUGUUUAAUUAAA